AUGGAAGAGCACAAGCGAACGGUCGACGAAGCUUUCCUAAACAAAUUGAAAGGGCUCGUUGAACGAUUGAGACUUGAAAAUGUGAACUUGAAGAAGUCGCUCGACAUCGAGCGGGGCGAAGUCAGAGCGCUCAAAGCCCGACACGAGAGCACCAUAAGAAAUCUAAAGACUGAAUGCAAAAAGAAAGAAGAUCUAUUAGAAAAACAAUUACGAACUGUCACAAAAUCAGAAAAAGUUGAAGAACCGCUAGGCAACAACAAAAUGGUGGAAUUGAAAAAGUUGGCAACAGAAAUUCAGUCUUUAAAAGCUGCGAAUAAGGGUCUUCAAGAGAAACUAAAGGUAGCGCAGGCGGCGGAGUGCGCCCGAGCGGCCGAGCUCCGCGCGCAAGUCGCCAAACACAACGCGCUAGAGAACGCCGCGCGGAGAGAUGCGCGUGCGCAGUGUCACAAAUUGCUGGAGGAAAUAAAAUCGAAGGAGCGGGUGAUUAUUCAGCUCAGGAGAGAGGCGGCGCGAACAGCGUCCAAUGAACAGGCGCAAAGAAUGGAGUGCGGAACCAUAGACUUUGGAAGAAAGCGUGGUGACCAGACAAAAGAAAAGAGCAACAGAGAAGAUUUGAAAACAGACAUACAACAUCGAAAAGAAAGCUUUUAUAGAGAGGCUCCGUCGGACGAAGACUCGGCGGUGUCUUCCGCGCCCGCCUCACUCUCUCCUCAACCGCUCAACGAAAUGUGGUCGUGCGGGCAAUGCCGGAGUGCGGCAGAGCGGGCGGCGUUAGCGGCGCGCGAGUGCACGCGACUGUCGGACGCGUUGCGAGACGCGCGCGACCAACUCGAGCUCAUGGAGUUCAGGCUACUCGAGCUAGAAGACGCUAGCCCGGAUAAGGGUGCUAGGGACAACCUAACAGACUCAGAUUCGGGCUGCGUCUCACCCGGCUCCCGGAUAAAAGACUCCGCGUCGCCCGAGCUCAAACGAAUGGACUCCGGCUACAAGUCCCCCCACACACCGAGCAGCCCCUGCAACCCUCGAAGGCAUCUCUCACACGAUGACUUCAAGGAUGACUUCGCCAAAGCCCAAGUAUUAGCAGAUGUUCUAGAAAGGAACUCGGAAACUAGUGACUCGUUGAAGAGUAACCCGGUGAAGGACCAUUUAGAGCAAAUGAUUCUAAAUGCGGCGUCGGCGGAAGACAGGAGUUGCUUGGAACAGGUUUUGAUGAUGCUCUACAAUUUCCAAGCGUUGAGCAGUUCUGUUAGUGAAGAUGAAUGCUAUCAGGCAAAACCAAAAAGAAUAUGUGAUUUGAGACUAAAAUCCGACAUCGACAUUCUAUCGCACAAAACUCACAAAGCGAUCGCGACUGUCACACCUUACCAACAAAAAGGCUACAAGUCUGACUCCUUAGAAAGUCUUUGCGAGGAACGAAAACCAAAUAACAUAUUACAAGAGAGCGGUAUAUUCGAGGGCGUUGAAACCGAAUCACGAGGGACUCAAACUGAAGAAAGUUUUGAGUACAGCGGUGAAUUGAACACUGAAAUACAACGACUGAAUAGUAUUAGAGAAAAACUAGAAAAGCAAGGUGUUAGGAAUAGAAAUCUCAACGAUGGCGAUAGUUUAGAAUGUAAAUGCGUUAAAUUGGGGAAGAAACACAAACAGUAUUACGAAAGGAGGCUCAAAUUUUUAGAAGGCAAGAUUUCGAUAUAUGAAGCUGCACAAGACGUAAAGGAGUCGAAGCUCGCUCAGAGGUUGCAAAAGGAGUUUCUACUUGAAAAUCGAAUACAAGAGCUUGAAACGCAGCUAUUAGAACUUCAAGACAAGUACGAGAGGCUUGAAGAGGAGUGUUGCGAACUGGAGGAGAUAGAGAACGAUACUCGCUUACAUUGGCAACAGCUAGAAAUGGACUACGAGCUAUGUUCGGCGCAGCUCCGUGAUAUGACGGAGCAGCGCGAGUGCUCGCGCGGGCACGCCGAGCGCCUCGCCGCCGACCUCGCCGCGCGCGACUGCGCGCUGCGGGCCAGGGAGAACGAGCUGCUCUCCCGGCUGCAGAGCCUGGAGCGGGCGGUGCCGGCUCUCAUAGCGUGGAACGUACUGCGGGCCGUCGGUUUCAACAUGUCUUGCGGUACACAGAAAGCGUUAAUGCACCGCAUGUCGCCGCUCGCGCCCGACGCGAAGGCGGCCAUCGAGCAGAUCAAGCAGCAGAGAGAACAGUGCGGUACUGUGGCCGUCUGCGAGAGUGUGGGCGGGUCGCAGGUCACAGAGCUACAGAUGCAAAUACACCAAUUAAUAUCAGAAAAGAGAGAUAUAGAAAAACAAACGUCACAAGUCAAGAAAGUUCUAGAAGAUAAAGUUAAGAGCUUAGAAGAAGAAUUAGAAAUAGCCAAGAGGCAAGUAACCGCCGCCAUGUGUGGAGCUGAAGUGAAAAAAGAUAAGAUUGAAGAAAAGAUUGAAGAGUUGGAAGAUAAGAUAAAGAAAGAAAAGCAAAAUGAACAGCUCCCAAUAGAUCCACAAACACAAGCCAAAAUCCAAGAAUUACUAGCAUCAGAGCAAGAGCUCAGGUCCCGUAUAGCGGAGCUGGAGAGACGCGAGGCCGCGUACCUGGAGAUGCUGACGCAAGCGGACGACAUGUGGGCGGACAUGGAGGGCGGGUACAAGAAGAGGAUAGAGGAAGCUGUGAACACUGAAACUAAUCUUAGAGGGAAGGUAAAGAAACUGGAAGCAGAAAGAGAUCAAUGGAAGAACUGUUUCGAGCCGCUGAAGAAGAAGUUGCGGGAAAUAGAAGAAUCCGAGUCCGGUAUGAGAAUAGCGCUUGAGAAAGCUGAAAGAGACGCAAAAACUCUUAAAAUACAGAACAAUAAUCUGAACACCUUGUUUGGAAAAGCCGAUGCCGAAGCUAAGAAGGCUGAAGCUACGGUUAAAGCUCUUGAGAGUAAAUUUAAGAAGGAAAUUGAUCAUCUACGCAAAACGAACAAACAGCUAGAUGAAGAUCUGAAGAGCCAUCGGGAACUGUCCAAGAAGACUGAAGCUAGUUUUAUGGGAGACCUAGAAUGUAUUAGGAAAGAACUUUCUAGAGCGUGCAAAAACAAUCAAGAACUUGAAGUCACUAACAGCGAGUUGAAAGAAGAGGUUGAAUCAUUAGAAAAGCAGCUAGCGUUAACACAAAAAGCUCUCAAUCAAUGUAAAAGAAAGUGCGACGAUAAAGUAAAAACAAUGAGCCACGAACUAUCAAUUAAGACUGAGGAACUAGAGGAGUUAAGGAGUGAAAUGCGUCAGAGUUUCAACGCUUCGAGAAUAGAUCUAAAGCCAGAAAAAACGGAAUAUGUAGACGAAGGAUAUUCCAUAUAUACAGCUAUACCAAAAAAGACUGAUUAUAACAGAAUGCAUCACAGCAUGAGCUAUAUAACUGAGUCGCAUUGUUCGUGUCCAGCGUUGAGGAAUCAGUUAGUUAGUCAGUUGAUAGAGGAUUUGUUUGAUAGAAUACAUAAUACUGUCGACGAGGAUUUAACUAAGCUUUGUAAAGAGAUAAUGCCCGUUAACGGUAAAGUUACGGAUGAGAAUAAGGCUAAAAUAACAAAUUAUCUUCUGAUGGCGAUAUCUAAGGAGCUCAUAAGGUCCAUAGGUGAUGCGGAUGCGAAGACCGACAGCGAGGAGUGGCAGCGCUCAGCGCUGGGCGCGCAGUGCGCGGCGACGGCGGCGGCGCGGUCGCCGGGCAAUGCGGGCGUGGUGCGCGGCGCGGCGCGGCUGGCGUCCGUGGCGUGCGCGUGCGCCGCCGCGCGCCUGUGCGCCGCCGCGCCGCGCGCGCGCCGCGCCGUGCGCGAGUGCCAGGAGGAAGUUUUGGAGCAUGGCGAUGUGAAAAUUAUGGAGGAACAAUUAGCGAAUGCGAUCGAAAGUAUUGUUAAUUGUCCAUCUUGUGCGUUGGGUACAAAUGCGAUAGUUUGGAGCACGGAUGUA